AUGUCUCCCAUUCGUCAUUGCUCAUCUUUAUCCUUCAUAUACAGCCUCAGAUGGCAGAACGAGUAUAUCGAGGAACACAUCAAGCGACAUGGACGGAGACUAGAUUACUACGAGAAGAAGCGAAAGCGUGAAGCUCGUGCUGUCCAUCGACAAUCUGCUGUCGCCCAAAGUGCCUUUGGUAUCAAGGCCAAACUUUUACAUGCUAAGCGGCACGCAGAGAAGGUGCAACUCAAGAAAACGCUCAAGGCUCACGAUGAACGAAAUGUCAAGCAAGCCGACUCAUCCGUACCCGAAGGCGCUCUCCCCACAUAUCUUCUUGAUCGCGAAGGCCAGAAGGACGCCAAGGCACUUUCCUCCGCUAUCAAACAGAAGCGGAAAGACAAGGCUGCAAAAUUUGCCGUACCUCUUCCAAAAGUACGAGGGAUCGCUGAAGAUGAGAUGUUCAAGGUCAUGCGGACGGGGAAGAGCAAGAGCAAGUCAUGGAAGCGGAUGGUCACGAAGGCGACGUUCGUUGGCGAGGGCUUCACGCGUAAACCGGUGAAGAUGGAGAGGUUCAUCCGGCCAAUGGCCCUGCGUUUUAAAAAGGCCAAUGUCACCCAUCCCGACCUCAAGGCGACCUUCCAGCUUCAGAUCCUCGGAGUAAAGAAGAAUCCCCAAUCCCCAAUGUACACUCAACUUGGUGUCCUCACCAAGGGUACCGUCAUCGAAGUGAACGUCUCCGAGCUGGGAAUGGUCACUGCUGGAGGCAAAGUAGUGUUUGGGAAGUACGCCCAAGUCACGAACAACCCUGAAAAUGACGGCUGUAUCAACGCUGUCCUCCUCUUUGUUUUAUCCUCAUCGUGUGUUUGGAGUGCCUAUUUGCCUCAACUAUCGCAGAACAUCGACUAG